AUGUUCACUUUGAUUUUUCUGUUCUUCCUCCUGAACAUUCCACUUCUUGUUGACAGUUUCAUCCAUCCCAGGUGCUUUUGGAGAAUGAAGCAGAAUAAAGACAAGGAUGAAGACCUGUUGGAUGGUUGUAUCUUCUUCCUUAGGGAAUUGAAGGAGAAUAUUGAGAAAGAUUAUAUCAACUACAUUCUGAAUACACAAAUAUCACCCGAAAAGAUCCAGUUUCCAUUGGCCUUAACUUUUUCCAUGGAUGAAGUCAAUAGGAACCCUGAUCUUUUGCCAAAUAUGUCAUUAGUAUUUGAAUUGCUGGAGUGUGGAUCCAUGAAUAUGUCAGAAUUAAUCAAAAGAAUAAAUUUCGGUGAAGAAAUUAAAGAUUAUUACCCUAAUUAUGUGUGUAAAGGAGAGCCUGGUUGUAUAGUGUUGCUGACAGGGCCAGAUUAUGAAACAUCUGCGAUAUUUGGGACAUUUAUCGACCCCUCUAUAUCUCAACAGAUCCUUCAGCUUACCUAUGGACCUUUCCAUACCAUUCUAAGUGAUCAUGAAAAAUUUCCCUAUCUAUAUCAGAUGGCCCCCAAGGAUACAGCUCUACCACUGGCAAUGGUCUCUUUGAUUCUUCACUUCAACUGGAACUGGAUAGGAGUGGCCAUCUCUGACAAUGACCAGGGUACCCAAUUUCUCUCACUUUUGAGAACUGAGAUGCAGAAAAAUACAAUCUGCUUUUCCUUUGUAUGCAUGAUCCCAACCAAAGCCCUUACAUACAUAUCAAGAGCUGAAGUGUAUUAUAACCAAAUCAUAACAUCAUCUGCAAAUGUAGUCAUCAUUUAUGGUGACAUUGACAGUACUCUAGCUGUGAGCUUUAAAAUGUGGGAAUCUCUAGGUAUACACAGAAUAUUUUUGACCACAUCACAGUGGGAUGUCACUACAAGUAAGAGAGACUCUACAAUUGGCUCAUCCCAUGGGAUACUAGCUUUUACACACCACCAUUCUGAGAUUUCUGGUUUUAAAACAUUUAUCCAGACACUGAACCCUCUGAAAUACACAGAUGAAUACCUUGCAAGGCUGGGAUGGAUGAACUUUAACUGUGAGGUCCCAGCUUCCAAGUGUAAGACACUGAAGCAUUGUUCAUCCAAUGCCUCAUUACAAUUUCUAAUGGAACAGACUAUUGACAUGGCCUUUAGUGAUGACACUUAUGACUUGUAUAAUGCUGUGUAUACUGUAGUCCAUGUUAUCCAUGAGAUAAAUAUUUAUAUGUUUUCUGACAUCAAGAAAGGACACAUACAUUAUAGAAUGCUGCCUCUCUUUCAGCUGCACUCUUUUCUGAGGAAGACUCAUUUCACUAAUCCUGUUGGAGAAAAAGUAAAUAUGAUCCAGAGAGAGAACCUCCAGGCAGAGUAUGACAUUUUCCAGAUUUGGAAUUUCCCAAAUGGAUUUGAAGUCAAGGUGAAGAUAGGAGAGUUUAGUCCAUAUUUUCCACAUGGUCAAGAGCUCCAUUUAUAUGAAGACGUGAUAGAGUGGGCCACAGGAAGUAGACAGAUGCCACCCUCUGUGUGCAGUGCUGAUUGUGGUCCUGGAUUCAGAAAAUUUUUGCAGAAGGGAAUUUCUGCCUGCUGUUUUGAUUGCAUCCCCUGCCCAGAAAAUGAAGUUUCUAAUGAGACAAAUGUGGAAAAAUGUGUGAGGUGUCCAGAGGACCAGUAUGGCAACAGAGAGCAGAACCAGUGCAUUCCCAAAUCUGUGGUCUUUCUGAGCUAUGAAGACCACUUGGGAAAGACUCUUGCCUCAAUAGCCUUGUGCUUCUCUGCAUUCACAGUGCUUGUUCUUGUGGUCUUUGUCAAGCACCAUGACACUCCCCUUGUGAAGGCAAACAACCAGAAUCUUAGUUACAUCUUGCUCAUCUCACUCAUGUUUUGUUUCUUGUGCCCCUUGCUCUUUAUUGGCCAUCCCAGCUCAGCUACCUGUAUUCUACAGCAAAUCACAUUUGGAGUUGUAUUCACUGUGGCUAUUUCCACUGUGCUGGCCAAAACAGUGACUGUGCUUUUGGCUUUCAUAGUCAUAGCCCCUGGAAGAAGGAUGAGGUUCUUCAUGAUUUCAAGGGCACCCAACUACAUCAUUGCCAUAUGUACCCUUAUCCAAAUUAUUGUCUGUGCUAUAUGGCUGCUAGUCUCUCCUCCCUCUAUUGACAUUGAUGCACACUCUGAGUAUGGCCAAAUCAUCAUUGUGUGCAACAAGGGCUCAGUUACUGCAUUCUACUGUGUCUUGGGAUACCAUGGCUUUCUUGCCUUUACAAGCUUUAUUGUGGCUUUCUUGGCCAGGAAUCUCCCUGACAAAUUUAAUGAAGCCAAAUUGCUGACCUUCAGCAUGCUGUUGUUCUGCAGUGUGUGGAUCACCUUUCUCCCUGUCUACCACAGCACCAAGGGCAAGGUCAUGGUGGUGGUGGAGGUCUUCUCCAUUUUGUCCUCAAGUGCAGGUCUGCUGGGAUGCAUCUUUAUCCCCAAGUGCUACAUAAUUUUGUUCCGACCUGAGAGAAAUUCUCUUCAAAAGUUAAGGGAGAAAACAUCUUCCUGA